AUGGCACAACACCGCCCAGCCCAUCGCGCGGCUGCCCGGCCCGAUAUAUGGGCGCCGCACAUCGACCCGCCCGUCCCGAUCGACUUCUCCAAGUACACUCUCGUCGAGGAGGGACACCGAGUGUCUAGAAUAUCCGUCAAUGGUUCGCGCACGCUGGGCCUGUGGACCAAAAACAUGGUGGAGAGCUGCGCCGUGGUGAUCUACAAAAAAGAGACGAAGCGCAUGUCCUUCCUCCACGCCAAGAAAUGCAUUCUCUUCAAGUCCGACUACGACUGGAUAGCCGGGCAAAUAGCCACUGGCAGCCAAGUCUUCGUCGCCAACGGCUACGGCGUGCGCAACGCCAUGUGGCACUACAUUGCCAUGUCCAUCGCGAGCAACAUCCGGAAGGCGGUUACGCGCAUACACCACAUCCAGAACAUCAACAUGGAGUCUAUCACCAUCCUCAACAACUACGCGCACCCGGACCAGGGGCCGACCAGCACCUUCUUCAUCCGCGGGCCGUACAAGGGCAACGACGGCAAGCAAUACGCGUGGCACCACGGCCGCGUGCACGCGUCGCCCAGCCUCAGCUUCGCCGGGCUGAAGUACGUCGGCGGGCCUAAGCCGCCGCCGCAGAAGCUGCAGAAGCGCCCGACGGAUCCGCCGCCGUACGACUUUGACGAGAAGCACAGGCCGUUGAAGCAGGACCACAGGCCGCCCCUGAACCAGGACCACAAGCCGCCCCUAAACCAGGACCACAAGCCACCCAAGCUCGAGUUCCCGCCGCCCCCGAAACACCCCGACCUGCUGCGGCCGAAGAAGAAGAAGAGCCGCAUCCGCCGCGCGUGGGGCGCGGCCAAGUCUGUGGUGAAGGCGGUCAAGACGGUGGUCAAGGCGUGCUUCUGA